UUGGAAGUUACCGAAGUCAUGCAGAAAAUGUUUUUCAGUUCACAAAUCAUGUUUUGCACACAUAAGUAUCCAAAGUUACACACAAGCAGACUUACACAGUUUACAAAGGCACAAAUAUUUAUUUUCUCUCACCAUCACUUCCAGGUUGGUGGUGAGUUUGUUUUACAUCAAGAGGAGGUUUGAAAGUUUAUUGUGAAAAAAAGUGGCUGAUCUGUGAGCCCGCCCAAAAGACUUGGCAUUUAUGGGCAUUUUUCAAGAAAAAGGCUUUUGCAAACCUAAACAGAGCUGAAACAUGUUUAGCCAACAACAUUCACACAUGAAAAGAUGUCUUUACGGGGAAGAUGUUUCCAUUUUAAACAUUUUAAGUCCCUUUAAAAUAAAACCAACACAAUCUGAACCAAGUGGAGAGUUUUAUUGAAAGAGAAAUAAUUAGAAAUGUUCUAUGACAGUGGGAAGUAUUGGGGAUCGAAGUCAUUUUAUGCAGCUGUGAAUGGGGCUCUGUGCAAUAGCGGAAGUGUCCCACCCACCUGCUGAGGAAACAGCCUCGUUUUUCAACACGCACUCCAACUACUGCACACUGACACAGAAAGGCGCUGUCUGUAGAGUCUGAAUUCACGCCAAGAUGUACGCGCCACGGCGCUUCAAUCUGCUCAUCUACAUAAUAUUGGCAGCUGCAGCCAUCCCAACUACUUCAGCUUUCAAUGUUGACACAACAAACCCUUCCUUUUAUAAAGGCGAGCAGAAAGAUUUCUUUGGAUACAAGGUGCUCCAGUACAAGUCGCCCAAGGACAAAGGGGUGAUUGUUACUGCACCGCUGCAGCAAAAUGGAUCAGGGGGCAUCUCCAAGUACGGCCAAGAUGAGACUCCAUUAUGGUUCAAUGGUUCUUCACAUCCGUAUUCAGCCAAGCAUCUCGGCUUGUCAAUAACCAUGGACACAGAAUCCCGGUUUAUUGCCUGCAGUCCAAGCCUCGCUCAUCCAUGCGAUGAGAACGUCUACCUGAACAGUCUGUGUUACAACUUCACACAUGAUUUUGAGCUGCUGUCUUCUUUCAAGCCUUUGUUCCAAAAAUGCAUAAAAAAGGCUGUAGAUCUUGUGUUUCUGUUUGAUGGAUCCGAGAGCAUGACCGGCACAGAAUUUGAACAAAAUAAAAAAUUCAUAAUAGGCAUGAUGGACAGCCUUAAAAAUACAUCUAUCAAGUUUGCAGCAGUUCAGUUCUCAACAACUUACAGAACAGUGUUCAACUUUAAGGAUUACGUUGAUGGUAAGGCUGAAGGCAAACUUAUGAAAGAAGAGCAUAUGAAGGGUCUAACCAACACAUACAAGGCCCUUAACUUUACACUGUACGAACUCUUGGAAAAUAAAGCAGCAGGAGCCUCAAAAGAUGCAAAUAAAGCUGUGGUGAUAAUCACAGAUGGAGAUCCAAGUGAACUGGAUAAAACUUACAGGAGUGUUGAAACCUAUAACAGCAAAGAAAUCAUUCGAGUUGUUAUUGGGGUUAAGAUUAAAGAUCAUCAAUUCGACAAAUUAAGAACAAUUGCAUCAGAGCCAAAAGAAAAAAAUGUCUUCAAAAUUACAAACUAUGAUGGACUUACUGGACUACUGGAAAAUUUUCAAAAACAAAUCUUCGCUAUUGAAGGAUCUAAUGGGACUCGAUCUGAAGAACUGAGUAAUGAAAUGGCACAAAGUGGAUUCAGUGCCGUCUCACACAAGGACACCUUGAUUCUGGCCUCAGUGGGUUCAAAGACUUGGCGUGGGACUCUCAAUGAUUACCAGAAUAAAAACAAGGCGAUAAUAGACCCAGAAAUGCAAGAGGCCUCCUACAUGGGAUACUCUCUUUCUGUUGGAGAAAGAAAUGGCACUUCUUUGUAUUUCACGGGCGCCCCACGUUUCAACCACAUGGGAGAGGUUGUAGUUUUUCGACGUGAUGAAGACAAGUGGCCAAUAGUCCAAAGAUUAACUGUGGACCAGAUUGGUUCCUAUUUUGGUGCGGAGCUGUGCUCUGUGGACAUCGACUCAGACGGUAACACUGAUUUCCUGCUGGUUGGCGCUCCAAUGUUUUUCCUUCCCGAGGAGAGAAAAGAAGGGUCGAUCUACGUCUACGCCCUGUCUGAUAAGAUCGACCUAAUGAGUGUGCUUCACGUGAAAGCACCGUCCAUGGGCAGAUUUGGCACCACCAUAUCCAGUCUUUCAGAUCUGAAUGGAGAUGGUCUCCGCGAUGUUGCAGUGGGAGCCCCCCUGGAAGAGAACAACGCCGGAGCGGUCUACAUCUACCUUGGACAAAAAGACACCGGGAUGCGCAACAUUUCCAGCCAGAGAAUCAUGGGAGCGCAAUUUGAUCCUGGAUUGAGAUUUUUUGGUCAGUCCAUCAAUGGAGACAUUGAUCUCGGAGAGGAUCAAUUGCCAGAUAUUGUGGUGGGAUCCCAAGGUGCUGCUGUUGUCUUGAGGUCCAAACCUGUAUUAGAUGUCAAGGCUAAGCUGUCAUUUGAUCCCAGUGUGAUAAGCAUUCAGAAUAUCAACUGCUUGGACAAGACGGAGGACAAACCUUUACCAAUGACUAACAUAACAGCUUGCUUUGAAAUGGUAGAAGUAACAAACAGCACUACAGGGCCAGGAAUCGAGAUCUCAUUCAUGCUCAUUGUGGAUCCAAUGAGGCUAUCAAAUCGAGGUUUCUUCAUUGAAAAUGAAGCAAAGAGCCGGAAUAUUACACAAACCCAUGAGCUGACGGACAAGGAAACAUGCUUCAACUAUUCCAUCUCCAUGAAUAAAUGCAUACAAGACACAUUAUCUCCUGUCAACAUCAAGUUAAACUUUUCCCAAGAUGCCCAGGAGAAUUCAACAGCCAUUCUUAACAUAGACAGCCAAAGACGAGCUAUGGUUGAGGUUCCUUUCGAAAAACGCUGUGAAAAAGAAAUCUGCAUUGCUGAUCUUAAAGUGGAUUUUGAUUUUCUGUCUAAGGAACUAUUGGUGACAAAAGAAACCACCAUCAAAAUAUGGAUAAAACUCCAUAAUAGGGCUGAUGACUCAUACAACACCAGCCUGACGAUGCUCUACCCCGAAGGCCUCUCUUUCUCAAUGUUGGAUCAAACGGGGAACAAGAAACUAACUCAAAUCUGCGCGGAUCAAGAAAAACUUAAUGAAACCGUUUGUGGGAUAAGCCUUCCUGUAUAUCGCAGCAAAUCCUCUGCUGUUUUUACUGCUUCUUUUCGCAUCAAAGAUUUUGAGUGGAAUGACACAAUGCUGAUGACAGUCUUUGCAAAAAGUGAAAAUUCAAACUCCAGCGAGAGUUCUUCUAUGACCAAAAGUAUUCCUGUAAAAUAUUCUGUUGAAAUGACAACAUCAGUAAAUGACACAUCUGUUGAGAACCUGGAGUUCACUCCAGAAAAUUAUAAAGCACAAAAAAUGAUAACUGUAUACAAGAUAUACAAUGCAGGUUUUAAGGAUUUUCCCAUCAACGUGUCCCUCUUCUUCCAAGAGCAACUGGAACACGACUUUGAAAUUAAAAACUAUACAGUUAUUGUCGAGCCUAACAAUACACAGUGCUCAAAAAUGUCCACCCCAAAAGCUGAGGACUGCCCAUGGAAAGAAAACUGUGUGGCCAUAAAAUGCGAUACAUUUAUGUUAAAAAACUAUUCAAAUGUUUACGUUUCCCUGUUGGGGGAUGUGCAUUUCCGAAAUCUGGAAAACUACGAAUCGAAUAUGCCCUUUCUGAAAAAAUAUACUGGAGUCCACGGAGAGGUCAAAUUUAACAGCACUAUAAAAGUUCACUAUAAUGGUACUAGAUACGUGCUGUCUUCCCAGAAAAACGAGAAAAACAAGAACUACACAGUGCAACAAUCAGCUACAGUUACAGUUGAGUUUAAGGUGCCUCAAUAUAGAUAUCUGAUCAUUGCGACUGGAGUGGUACUGGGAUUUAUCCUUCUGAUCAUACUCACAGUCAUCAUGUGGAAGUGCGGCUGCUUCAAGAGGAAAACCAUUGAGGAUUUCGAAGAGAAAAAGGCUGACUUCCCUGCUCAGACAAAAACCUCAUCUGUGCCAUCUCAUAAUAAAUCUGAACAAGUGGAAGAGGAAAAGAAACCUCUUAAUGCGGACGAGGACAAAGUCAAACCCUCAGCUAUUACUGAGGGCCAAACCAGCUCAAACGUGGCGAAAGUUGGGACUAAAAUUUAGAGGUUAUUUUGGAUUUUUAUAAAGUUUUUUUUCUUCUUUUUAUUAUUUUUUUU